CUAAAAAAAAAAAUGUUAAAGUAAAUGUUUCCCCCCCCCCAUUUCCUUUCUUGUGAUUGUGCAGCGUUACGUGCAACACUAUGCAGCGCAAUGUGCUGGCAUCUUUGUUCUUUUAGUCUUCUUGUCGUUCACAUAGAAGUAAUGCGCUGAUGACUUUGACCUUCCGAGCUUAGCGUCGCCGUAAGCACGUACCUCAAAAGUCCCUUGUCGCAUUUCCCUUUUCAUAUCUGUCGCAAAGCCGCUUGGACACACUACGACGGUGUCGUAAAUCCGGGUAUGCACCAUAGACAUCAAUACAUAGCUUCAUCAAAUCAUUCUUACCGCGUUAGUACUGAAUGUAUUGAAGCUUCGACACAGUACGUCCACCAGUACUUUACUGGAGUAAAACAUUAUUCAUGAAAUCUUUGUUAGCGUUCAAACUAGUCGUCACACUGCAAACGUUGAAGCUUCUCCGACUAGCUUGUCUUAGUUUAGCUCGCAGGCCGCUAACAAAGAAUCGUGUUUUUGGUCAUCACAUCGCUCAGCUGAGAUUAAGCGUGAGUGUAACGCGUCGUCAUUACCGACGGUAAAUGUCUUGCAAAAGUGCGAAAGACGACGAGGGGACAAUUUCUGGGAGCAAAGAGGAAGACGAGCCACGACUGAACGCUGUUUUCAAGCGGCCUCGAGUUGUGUUACACAGAGCAGACAUGAGUGAAGACUAUGUUGAUUCUGAGCAGCAGGCCCCAGAAGACCCUCACUUUAAAGAGGAAGAGCACGAAGCUCAUAUCACCAAGUUUCCACUGACUGGUGUCAUGAAGGGUGAAGAAGGUGAUGGAGACCACCGUGGAGGAUCACAAGCUGACGGCCUCUUAGCUCCACUAUCAGAUUGCGAUGACACAACGUCACACUCGCCUGACACUGAUGAUGAAGAACACUCUAAAGGUGAUAUGACAUGUCACAAUAGCGACAAACGCUGGCCGUGUUCCCAGUGUGGGAAAACAUAUAGUUCCAAGAGUUAUUUGAAAGUUCACAUGAGAAGUCACGAAGGAGAGAAACCUUUCAGCUGUUCAGAUUGCGGCAAAAGAUUCGCCGAGAAGGGACAUUUCAACACACACAGAAGAACACACACAGGGGAAAAACCUUUUUGCUGCUCAGUAUGUGGUAUUCAAGUAGCUCAAAAGGGUAAUUUAACAACUCACAUGAGAACACACACUGGUGAGAAACCUUUUGUUUGCCAAUUUUGCGGUAAAAGGUUUUCUAUAAGGGGAUAUUUAAAAACACACACAAGAAUACACACUGGUGAGAAACCUUUUUCCUGCUCAGUAUGCACUUUUAGUUUUGUUGAACGUUCAAAAUUGGUUAAACACAUGAGAACACAUACUGGGGAAAAACCUUUUUGCUGCUCAGUGUGUGGUGUUCGAGUAGCGCAGAAGAUUAAUUUAACAAUUCACAUGAGAACACACACUGGUGAGAAACCUUUUGCCUGCCCGGUUUGUGGCAAAAGAUUCACGAUAAAGGGACAUUUGAAAACACACACUAGAAUACACACUGGUGAGAAACCUUUUUCCUGCUCAGUCUGCAACUUUAGUUUCAGUGAACGUUCAAAAUUGGUUAAACACAUGAGAACACACACUGGGGAAAAGCAGUUUACCUGCUCGGUUUGUGAUAAAAAAUUCGCUCAAAGAUGUACAUUGACAAUACACGCAAGAAUACACACUGGUGAGAAACCAUUCAGUUGCAGUGUGUGUGAUAAAAGAUUCUCUCGUAAAGAUCAGAUUAAGAGACACAAGUGUGCUGGUAAGAAAAGCAGCAAAUAAUGAGCUUCAACUAAACUAAAGGAAAAGCUUGUAAAAGUGUGUUUAUGAUCCUGAAUAAAAUGUCAGUGUUCAAUAUCUGUUGUAGGAGCCUAAAUACAUUCAAGCUAAAUAGUAGUUGUUUUCUUUUUAACCAUUUGAGGUUUGUGCUUAUGGUUGUGUUAUUUGUUUACAUAAAUUCAUUAUGGGCCUAAAUGUCACAGGACCACAUCUCGAUCUGUACUCGGCUCUGGCAAGAAAACAUGUUCAAUAAACGCGAAGACAUCAGUUACUAAGUAGCAUGUUUUCUUGUAUAUGCGACAUGCGACUUUGCCUAUAAACAUCUGUAUUGGUCUUAUGAAAGAAGACUUGCAAUUAUCUGUUUGCCUUGUAAAUAGGAAAGCACCCUCUGCUGGUAGAUGUGAUGUGUGUGGUCAGUGUGACAGUGUUUGGCAUGUGAUGAUGGAAUGCAGGGUUUAUGUAAAGGAAAGAACACACUUGACAAGAGUACUAAAAGAAAAUAAACUUAUUUUUAAAUUCAA